UUAAUGCAUGCAUGAGCUGUUUUAACUGAAAUCUUAAAAUAUGUCAGUAUCAUUGUUUUGCAACAUGCAACAGAACAAAAAUACAGUAUUGUCAACUCCGCCUCCAGUGUCCAGCCGGGACAGGCAAUCUACACUAACUCCGCCUCCAGUGUCCGGCCGGAACAGGCAAUCUACACUAACUCCGCCUCCAGUGUCCAGCCGGGACAGGCAAUCUACACUAACUCCGCCUCCAGUGUCUGGCCGGGACAGGCAAUCUACUCUAACUCCGCCCACCAGUGUCCAGCCGGGACAGGCAAUUUACACUAACUCCGCCUCCAGUGUCCGGCCGGAACAGGCAAUCUACACUAACUCCGCCUCCAGUGUCCGGCCGGAACAGGCAAUCUACUCUAACUCCGCCUCCAGUGUCCGGCCGGAACAGGCAAUCUACACUAACUCUGCUCCAGUGUCCGGCCGGAACAGGCAAUAUACUCUAACUCCGCCCACCAGUGUCCAGCCGGGACAGGCAAUUUACACUAACUCCGCCUCCAGUGUCUGGUCGGGACAGGCAAUCUACUCUAACUCCGCCCACCAGUGUCCAGCCGGGACAGGCAAUUUACACUAACUCCGCCUCCAGUGUCCAGCCGGGACAGGCAAUCUAAACUAACUCCGCCUCCAGUGUCCGGCCGGAACAGGCAAUCUACUCUAACUCCGCCUCCAGUGUCCGGCCGGGACAGGCAAUCUACACUAACUCCGC